CCGACCUUUGACCCUAAUCACGCAGAAGACAAGAUGGAGUCCGGCGGGGUGUGAUGACUUUCGGAUCGGCAGGUUUCUCGCCUCAGGUUCUGCACUUUUUUCAAAGUAAAAUUUGAACAUCAGAAUGGUUCGAUCUAACUCCCGAUCUCAUUCAUCGAGAUCAAGAUCUCAAUCUCGAUCCAGCUCUCGAUCAAGAUCUCAUUCUCGAUCACGUUCCAGGAAAAAAAGAUAUAGUUCUAGAUCUCGUUCCAGAUCCUACUCACGAUCUCGAAGUAGAGAUCGUAACUAUGCAAGAGACUAUCGGGAUUAUCGUGGUAACAGAGGAAUGAGACGCCCUUAUGGCUAUCGUGGAAGAGGGAGGGGAUAUUAUCAAGGAGGGCCACGAUAUUAUCGAGGUGGUUAUAGAUUGAAUUGGCAGAAUCGAAGGCAGUCUCGUAGUCCACGACGAGGCCGUUCUAGGUCAAGAACACCAAAACGUAGAUCCAUAUCUCAACGAUCCAGAAGUCGAUCUCGACAAUCACAUCGAUCUUCCUCUGCUAGGUCACGUGGCUCGUCGUCUUCCCGUUCCUCAUCACGCCACAGUCGAUCCCCAGUGGCUUCAAAACGGCACAAGCCCCUGGACAAACGUGGAAAGAAAACUGAAGGGACGGUUUCUCAAGAUGAAUCGGGAAAGAUCAAGCAAACAGAAAAAUCUGUAACAGAUGUAAAAUGUGAAUCUGAUUCUACUAAGAUGCAUAGUGAGUUUCGUAAAACUCCUCCAGUUCGAAGUGAGAGCUGGGCAGGACUUUCGACGUACAAUGACAAUAGUCCAAGGUCUCAUCAUAGUCUAUCUUCACUUCCCAGCCCAACUAGUCUCAGCCCAACACGUUCUGUUCCUUCCCGUCAUAGUUUGUUGCAAGCUGUGCCACCUAGGCUGAGCUCAUCACAGACAAGUCCACCAUCCUCCAGUUUGCAGCACAGUCCUGAACAGCAUAGCUCCUCUGGACAUAGUGCAUCCCAGUACAGCCCUUCUCAGUGUAGCCCAUUACGAAAAAGUCCUACGAAAAUUGUUUCAGUUCAACACAGUGUUCCAAGGGAAGAAGUUCGACUGAAACUGUCUGCCUUUUCUGGUGAUACUGUGGACCAAGAGCUCCUUAAAGCCAAGUACCUGAAGAGGUACACCGAGGAUGAGGAGAAUAGGACCUUUGUGUUGGACAGAGGAGAUGGAAGAGAGAAAGAUACUCAAAAAGAAAGAGGAUUGGAGAAAGAUAAGGCAAGGGGGAGGGAAUGGGGGGAUAAAGGAAUAGAUUAUGGUAGUUCUAAAAGUGAGUACUUCAGAAAAGAAGCAGAAAAAAUGCCAUACUUAACCGAGUCCCCAGAAAGGCACAGACAGUGUGUUGUGGAUGCAUUAUCUGAUGAACUAGAUCAUUACAGACCUAAAUAUCAGUACAGUGUGACCAAUCAAGCAGAGAAGGAAAAGGGUUAUGGAAUUGAAUCACAUUGGAAUUUUGACAGUGAAGAAAGUAAAUAUAAUACAAAAAUUGUAGUCAAAGGAACAAAAGACCAUGAAAGGUAUGAAGAUGAGAGGUCUUACAAAUUUCAUGUGGCUAGCUUUUCAUCUAGUGCAGCAAAAGAGAAACUUAGGGAAGAAGACAAAUAUGCAGAGAAAAAAUAUGAGGAAAGAGCAGCACCAAAGAAAGAACCUGCUUCACCUGAGCCAGUGAAAGAUGAAACAUUCAAAGAACUGUAUGAUCCAAGCUCCUCACUCCCACAGCAGAAGAACACAGAUGUCCGAGAAAGGGACAAAAUGUCUUUCACAGAGGAAAGUCCGCCCAGAAUAAAACCUCUGGCCACUACAUCCUGUCAGCCUGAAGUGAAAUUGAAAAUGACUUCACCCCAUUUUGAAGACUCUGUACGACCUGGGAGUUCUUUGACAACUGAGAGACUGCUUUCCUGUGCUCUUGUCCAUUCCAGCAAGAAAGAGCAAGGAUUCCGCUCUAUCUUUGAUCAUCUUAAGUUGCCUCAGUUUUACAGAAGUUCGUCAGAGUCAUUUAUUCAGCAUAUCGUGGCCCUGGUUCAUCAUGUUAAAGAACAUUAUUUCAAGUCAACAGGAAUGACCCUAAAUGAGCGCUUCACUAUGUAUCAAAAGACAACAGAAGACCAUGGAGCUAGGCAGAAAAGUCCUGAAAUCCACAGGAGAAUUGAUAUUUCCCCUAACUCUCUACGAAAACAUACUCGAAUCACAGAGGAAGAUGCAAGUUCUAAUGAAGAUAACCGAAAGGCAGAGAAAAAAGUGAGGUGUGAUUCAGUUGACUUGCGCCAUGACAUUGAUCAGCGUAGAAAGGAGAAAAGUAAAGAACGUGAAGGUUCACGAGAAUCUACUGCAUCAAAGAAGGUUUCCUUGGAAAAAUCAGGGAAAGAACCUAAAGAGUACAAAGAUUACAAACCCUUCAAGGAAGGAAGCAAGUAUAGAAAUAAAGAUCGGGAUCAUUCCAGCUGCUCUUCAUCUUCUUCGCCUGAACCCCAUGAGGACAGAGAAGUCAGAAAAGAAAGGGACGAUGGAUCUAGCGGUUUUAAGUCGUUCCAAGGUCAUACAGAAAGUGCAGUUUUUCAAGGACGAGGAAGACCAAGGGGAAACUUUCAGUUUCGAAUAAGAGGCGGCAGAGGGAGAGCCAGAGGAACCUUCUCUGGUUCGAGUACUGUUUCCACCAGUACUGCAAACCCAAAUUUUCAAAAGCGAUCCAAGGAGGAAGAGUGGGAUCCUGAAUAUACUCCAAAGAGCAAGAAAUACUUCCUGCAUGAUGACAGAGAUGAUGGGGUGGAUUACUGGGCCAAAAGGGGAAGGGGGCGAGGUACUUUUCCAAGAGGACGUGGGCGAUUUAUUUUCAAAAAAUCGAGCAGCAGUCCAAAGUGGACACAUGACAAAUAUCAGGGAAGCGAUGAAAAGGAGGAGGAAGAAAAUGGAGGAAUAGAAGAUGAAGAGGAGAGAAAGGACAGACACAAAGAGGAAAAGGUAUAUUUUUUUGGAACAUCACAUUUAAAGCUGUUUCCAACAGCAGGAAUAAGAUGAGCAUCUCCCUCUGAAUCGUAAAAGUGGAUUUUCGUCAACCACUUACCUUUAUUGAUCGUUGAUUUAUUACCUAACAUUAGCUUUUAAUUAAAUAUUAAUGUUAAUUGGGGAAAACAUCUUGGUAAAUCUGAAUUAAAAUCUUCUAGUUUUUGAAGGUACUAAGUGUCUAAUGUCUAAUUUAAUUGUUGGCUGUGAACUAUCUGUAUUGAGUAUAUAGGCAGUAUUUUUUAGAUAUUGAUAACUGCAUGGCUUAAAUGAAGUGGAUGAUCAAUAUAUACUAUAAAAAGCACAGUUUCAGAAAAUAAACAUCUUGUAUUGUAUUUGAAGGAGUAAAAGUUUGGGCCUUUUUAUUGUAAUUGUCUGUAUUUUGUCAUUUUGUUCUUGGCUUUCUCAAAUAAUACUUACUGAAACAUU